UCUGUUAGUCAGAGGGAGCAGAGGUCAUUUACCAGAGCACAUAUAAGGCAUAAGGACCAGGAAAAGGACACGUAUCUGCUGGGACAAGGACAGCUUGGAAAGGAGACCACAAGCUGCCUGGAGUGACCUGACCCUGUGCUGGCAAUGGCUUCUCAAACCGUGAUCACAGUCCAACCCCAGUUUUCAGCUGCCCAACAGCCGGGGGAGUGGCAGACAGGGCUGCUGGACUGCUGCUCCGACUGCGGCGUGUGUCUUUGUGGGAUAUUCUGCUUCCCCUGCCUGGACUGCCAAGUGGCUGGGGACAUGGACGAGUGCUGCCUGUGUGGCUCCAGCGUGGCCAUGAGGACCCUGUACCGCACCAAAUACAACAUCCCGGGCUCCAUCCUGGGAGACUUUUGCACUGUCCUCUGGUGCACCUCAUGUUCACUCUGCCAGCUGAAGAGAGACAUCAACCGGAGGAAGGCGCAGGGCAUAUUCUGAUGCUGUCAUCUUCAGUGCACCCUGUGGAGCCACUGCAGGCAGGAGAUGCUGCUGCCCUGGAUGUUGGGAAACGCACCGUGAGGAGUUUGCCUUCGCUGUGCCUGAUCCCCUCUUCCCUGGUAACGCCAGCAAUAAAAGCACUGCCUGUCUUCCUG